AUGGACUACAACAAAAUUGAGAGGCUUCAUGAAGAUCAAUUCCAGGGCUUAGUGAAGUUGUUCGAGUUACACCUCUCGGAGAACAGAAUCGAGGCUUUGCCUGACAAGAUUUUCGAGGGCGUUAAGGACCUCAAGGGCCUGUUCAUACACUACAACCUGAUGGCUGAGCUCCCCAUAGGCUUUUUUGGGCUUCUGCCGCACAUUAUCAGAGUAACUCUGGACACCAACCUGAUGUGCUGCCACCUUGAUCUUUUCAGGCAGGAUGCCGAUUGCGAAUUUGCCUUCAAUGAUAACUUUGCAAGCUGUCACUCCAUGUUCCGCAACCUUGCUCCAAGGAGAAGUCUUUGGGUUGUCGGCCUUCUCUCGUUGCUUGGGUCUGUGUUUGUAGUUGGGUGGCAAUAUUUCUUCCCUGAUAACAAUAUGGUCCAGUCUAUUAUGUUGGUAAAUCUUGGUAUUUCAGACGGCAUCAUGGGUAUUUACCUCAUCAUUAUAGGUAUAAAAGACCUGCAAUGGUCAGGGGAAUACUACCUGCACGACUAUGAGUGGCGCACCGGCUGGUUUUGCCAUUUCAAUGGCGCCAUGUCUGUCCUUUCAAGCGAGGUGUCUGUUAUGAUGAUUUCUCUGAUUGCAUGGGACAGGCUCAAGAACAUUGUGUUUCCUUACACGUUUGCAAAAAUUACACCAAGGCAGACCCGUAUUAUGUGCGCAGUUAUCUGGCUGGUGGGAGGCAUUAUGGCAUUCCUUCCCUUGUCUGGAAUGCGAUACUUUGGUGACUGGUAUUAUGGCAAGAACGUG